UCGGUUUUUUCUCACCUCUGAACAUGUGUUUUUGUUGAUGCCGCUUUGUUAUUUUACUAUUUUCUAAACUUAAACCCAUAACCGGCAUUAAAAUGAGUUCCCAGCCGGAUGAGACCAUAGUCUGUCUGCCGGGAGAGCGUCUCUGCAGGACCGAGGACAACAUUGUAUUGGGCAUAGGCACCUACGAACAGAAUGGCUAUAUAUACGCCUCCAAGUCGGGAAUCGUGAACAUCGAAGAGUCGGGAGAAAACUGCCAGGUGGUCAGCGUGCACAAGCCAGGCUUCCAUCUGACCAUCCCAGCCACCGGAGACGUGGUCACAGCUCGGGUCCUCGUCACAACUCCCAAGUUUGUCAAGUGCGCCAUUUUCUGCGUGCGGAAUGUCCUGCUGGAGAGCAGCUACCGCGGACUCCUGCGCAAGGAGGAUGUGCGUGAGACGGAAAAGGAUCGGGUGGACAUCUACAAGUCCUUCAAGCCGGGCGAUGUCAUCCUGGCCCGUGUCAUCAAUCAGCUGGAUCAGUCUUUCCUCCUGACCACCGCCGAGAAUGAGCUCGGCGUGGUCAUCGCCUACGCCAGUGAUGCCCGAAAAACCCGGGUUCCCAUGGUGCCGGUCGGUUGGAGCGAAAUGCAGUGCCCCCAGACAACGAUCAAGGAGCCACGAAAGGUGGCCAAGGUCCUGCCAGAAAGUUCAAUAAACGCUGUUAAAUAAGCCCUACCCAAUGAUCAUAUGCAAA